AUGAGUGACCAUAGCGAAAGAGACGCAAAAGCCGGGCCCAGCGAUUCCCGACGUGAAGAGCUCGAGCAAUCAUGGCACGACAAGUCAACACCGGCGCAACAGUUCGAUGACCUGGUUCAGGAGGAGAUGGGCCGCAUCUGGGAUGCGGACCCCAGGUCUAAGGGGCGAACAGACAAGGACUUGAACGUCACCGCUACCAUCACGGGCGGCUACCUUUACAAUCAGGCGGUGCAAGAAGUGAAAGCACAGUGGAAUGAGCAGGGGAUCUGGAAGAAAGAGUGGGAGCAAAAGGGCCGCCCGUGCCUUGACGACCCAUGGAAGCACGAAGAAUCCCUAGAAUCCGAGCUCCCCAAGCCCCCCCCAGACCAACCCAACCCCACCGGCGCCCGCUUCCGCAGCAAGUGGCAGGACAAGAUCGCGAAGCACCACGAGGCCUCGCGGCCGAUCCACCAGUUCCUGUACCAGGUGCACAACGAGCGGGAGCACCUGCUCGCGCGCCACCACAGCAGGGGCGACGCCACAUUCCCGGUGACGGUCAACUCGCGCGCGUACUCGCGCGUGCGCCGCCGCUGGAUCGACCGCCACAUCUGGGACGAGCGCUGGGGCGCGCUGCCGGGGAUGCGGUGGAAGCACGAGAGGGGGUGCGCGUCGUCGGCCGGGACUGGGCGCGUGCCUGCUGCUGCUGCUGCUGCUGCAGAGGCGUCCGACGCUGCCUGCAACAACAGCGACGACGACGACGACGACGAGAAGACCGAGUCCAACGCCUCCUCACUGAGCCCGGCGAAGGCGGUCGCGCGGCGCUUUGAGCAGGAGAGGGAGGAGCGCAUCAGACGCCAGGAGGCGGUCGAGCGGCGGUGGCUGCGCCGGGAGGAGCAGAUGGGCUGGCGGGAGAGGAUUAAGCGGCGAGAGGAGAUGGCGGAGACGAUGCGGAGGAGGAGGGAGAGGGAGAUUAGGAGGGAGAGGGGGGACCGGGUGGCGCGUGGUUUGGGGGUUCUUGCUUUUGGGCAGACAGCAGCUACAGAGCAGAGACCGAAAAACUCUGGGCUGGACGUCGUGUCGAAGACUGCCCGAGUGGCAUGUAUUUGCACCCUGAUUAUGAAUAUCUUAUGA